AGGGAAGGCAUGAGUGGCAGACCUGAAGCAAGGCAGUGGGGUAAGUGUGGACCUUUGUGUAGAAGAGAGAGCAUCAUGGUGGCCUUCAAAGGGGUCUGGACUCAAGCUUUCUGGAAGGCAGUCACAGCGGAAUUUCUGGCCAUGCUUAUCUUUGUUCUCCUCAGCCUAGGAUCCACCAUCAACUGGGGUGGAACGGAAAAGCCCUUACCUGUCGACAUGGUUCUCAUCUCCCUUUGCUUUGGGCUCAGCAUUGCAACUAUGGUACAGUGCUUUGGCCACAUCAGCGGUGGCCACAUCAACCCUGCUGUGACAGUGGCCAUGGUGUGCACCAGGAAGAUUAGCAUUGCCAAGUCUGUCUUCUACGUCGCCGCACAGUGCCUGGGCGCCAUCAUUGGAGCUGGGAUUCUCUACCUCGUCACACCUCCCAGUGUGGUGGGGGGCUUGGGGGUCACCACGGUUCAUGGAAGUCUUUCUGCUGGUCACGGUCUCCUGGUGGAGUUGAUAAUCACAUUUCAGCUGGUGUUUACUAUUUUUGCCAGCUGUGAUUCCAAACGGACUGAUGUCACUGGUUCAGUAGCUUUAGCAAUUGGAUUUUCUGUGGCAAUUGGACAUUUAUUUGCAAUCAAUUACACUGGUGCCAGCAUGAACCCUGCCCGAUCCUUUGGACCUGCGGUUAUCAUGGGAAAUUGGGAAAACCACUGGAUAUAUUGGGUUGGACCAAUAAUAGGAGCUGUCCUCGCCGGUGGCCUUUACGAGUAUGUCUUCUGUCCAGAUGUUGAACUCAAACGUCGUUUUAAAGAAGCCUUCAGCAAAGCUGCCCAGCAAACAAAAGGGAGUUACAUGGAAGUGGAGGACAACAGGAGUCAGGUAGAGACUGAUGACCUGAUCCUAAAACCUGGAGUGGUGCACGUAAUUGACAUUGACCGGGGAGAGGAGAAGAAGGGGAAAGACCCGUCCGGAGAGGUGUUGUCUUCAGUAUGA